CAAGCGAACGAGCGAGCGGUUGAGCUAACACAACAAAGCGAAGCUGAAAUAAUAGCAAAUCAAGAGGAAGGGAAAGCUCGAAAUGAAAAAGGGCGCUCUAAAUAGACACACAAAAUUAUAUAUUAAAAUAAAAGGAAGGAAAUAAAAAAUCGAGAGAUGGAGCAAAAAUGAAUCGAGGAUGCUAACAAUCCAACCCCAACCAACAACUGAGUGUCGUUCGAUUUCUCUGCAAUUGGUCAGGCAAGUUGUCUAAGUGACUUUUAUUUUCGGUUCGUGCCGUUCCGCUUGAGACGACGUGCUGUUCUUUCUUUCAAGUUCAGUGAUUCCAACUCUAGGGUUUUGAUUUGUUCUUUGCAUUCGGCUUUAGUUUAGUGGGGUUUCUAUUUACCACUCAAGUGGAGCUUGAUCCCUAGGGUUUUGUUUCUGCCAAUAUGAGAUUUGGGUUUGCAUUGUAUUGGUUUUCGGUGGGUCAAUUUAGGGAUGUUUGGAAACUGAAAUAACUCUAUCUACCUUGGGAAUUCUGAGUUUUUAAUUUCUUUUCCUCUAGGAUCUCGCGUUUGCUGUUUUACUCUCAAUAUGCAGAGGUUGAGAGUUUGAUUUGCAUUAUAUGGUAUGCGAUUUUUGAAUUUGGAUUUGUUUGGUGUUGGAGAAAGCCGUAAAUUGGGGUGGAAACAGGUUUCAAUGGUUUUGUAGUUUUGUGAAUGGUGUAGGAAUCCGCUUAUUGAGCAAUGCAAACCCAGCAGUGUUCCAGAAUCGAUUUAGGUGAAUUGAAAUCUCAGAUAGUGAAGAAGAUUGGAGCUGAGAGGUCAAAAAGGUAUUUUUAUAAUUUGAGUAGGUUUUUAAGUCAGAAGCUUAGUAAAAGUGAGUUCGAUAAGUCAUGUUACCGCAUUAUGGGAAGGGAUAAUCUGCCACUGCAUAAUCAGUUGAUACGUUCAAUCUUGAAAAAUGCAUUUCAGGCUAAGAUUCUGCCACCAGUUCAUGAAGCGGGUCCCACGAAAUCUUUGAUACAAACUGUGAAAAGUUCUCCUAGAAGAGAAGAUGGACAUGAACCAACUGGAUUCCUUGUUCCCAACCAGAAUCCAAAUAUGGCUAUUUGGUCAAAUGGGAUUUUGCCAGUGUCAUCCCCACGAAAGGUUAGGUCUGGAAUACGGGAUAGAAAACUCAGGGAUAGGCCCAGCCCGCUGGGGCCAAAUGGAAAAGGUGAGAGUGUCUCACAUCAAUCGAUGGGUAAGGAAGAUAAUGGCAAUAAAUUGUGUAUGGAAAAUGGGGAUUUGACUCCAUAUGAUUAUCAGAGACCAUUGCAACAUCUUCAAGCAGUUGCUGAGCAGUCCGAAAUUGAAAGAGAAGUUUUGGUGCGAUCCACAGAAAAACCAAGGGUGCCUAGUAAAGAUCAGACUGAAGGAGCCAUUAUUGAAGAUGGGGAGGAGGUGGAGCAAGCUAACCACAUUAAUCUCUCUAGAAGUCCUCUGCUUGCACCACUUGGGAUUCCAUUUUGCUCAGCUAGUGUUGGUGGGGCCAACAAAGCUCUGCCAGUGGCAGGCAACGGCGACUUCAUUAGCUACUAUGACAGUGGCAGUUUGUAUGAUACUGAGAUAUUGAAGAAACGUAUGGAGCAGAUUGCAGCAGUGCAGGGCCUUGGUGGUGUUUCUGUGGAAUGUGCUAGUAUGUUGAAUAACAUGUUGGAUGUAUACUUGAAGAAACUGGUUAGAUCAUGUGUUGAUCUGGUGGGGUCAAGGUCUACACAUGAAUUGAGAAAGCAAUCUCCCCACAAGCAGCAGCCUCAAGGCAAGUAUAUUAAUGGUAUAUGGCCAAGUAAUCACUUGCAUAUGCAGAGUAGCUCUGGGCCCACAGAAGUUUUGCUGGAACAGAGGCAGCGGUGCUCAGUAUCUUUGCUUGAUUUCAAAGUGGCAAUGGAGCUAAAUCCCCAGCAGCUUGGUGAAGAUUGGCCAUUGCUGCUGGAAAAAAUUUGUUUGCAUUCGUUUGAAGAAUGAAUACCCUACAAUAAUUUGCUUAUCCUGAAGCUGUGAUUAGAUCUGUUCUGGUUCAAUGUGCUUGACAAAUGAUGAUCACUCAUUGAAGCUCCCAGUUCUUUUCCAUUACUGAUAUGAACCAGAUGGUGCCUAGUCCAAUAAAGCUCUGUCCCUUUCAAGAUGAAAUUAUGGGUUUGAGAGUGGGAAUGCCUUUGCCCCUGCUGCAGAGCAGGGAUGGAUCAAAAAAUUAUUUUUGAGCAACUGAGUUAAGGUGCUUGAGAAGGAAGUGCUUAAGCUGGUUGCUCUGUUGUACGAUUAGCAUUGUCAUUGGCUGUAUUCUGCCAUCUCAACAGAUCUCAGUCUUUUCUUGUAAUUUACAUCCAAUGAGGAGGAAAUCUAAGAAAGUUUUGCAGUGAUACCGUUUUGUAGCAUGGUGAAAGGUAAAAUUACUUUAUGUAAGGGCUGCAGCAUUGCUCUUUAUGUAAUUUUAAAAUCUGAGAAUUGAUUUGAGUUCCAAUAUUAAUAACAAAUUGGCAUCCAUUAAAUUGUCUAUGGUGGUUUAUGUUUAGAUGUUUCUGCUGGAUGACCCCUGAAAAAUCUACUUGCUAAGCUCUGAUGCUAUGUUCUUGUGGAGUUUGUGACUUGCUAAUUGUAAUUAAUUGUCAUUUAAAAGAUUUGGCGGCAUACAGUUUUUCGUAAUGCUUAAUCUACUGUUCUUGAUUGUUGAUUGGAUAUGUAUGAAGUUGCCCCUUUUUUUAAUUCCAUUUAGCAUCAGUUGAUUUUGAAACUACCAUAUUGCUCGUUGAGUGACUUGGUCAUGAGUUGCUUAUUCUGAGCUUACAAAUGUGAAGCAGUUGUUAGUUUUGAUCUUAAGCUCUGUAAGUGGGGAUAUUUUGGCCCCAUCAAAACCAUCAUGCUAGGUUUGUCUGCAGAAUGCUUACAUUUUUCUACAAGUAUUCUGGGGAUUAAACCAUCCAAUCUGCAUUCUGAGGUCAGACUAUCUGGAACAGGAAAAGGGCCGUUGUAGAUGAACAGGAUUGCCUGUGACUAAAUUAAGUAUAAGUUGGAUGACAAAAAUUCUGUACCAACAGCCUUUUCCUAUUCAGUAGGAGUAGGCACGCUUGCUAGCGCUUAGCAUUUCUUUGACUUCACUCUGCUGUAGGUAUUGGAACAUUAAUUUUGCACUAUAACUUUUCUUGUAAUUGAUAACAUGCAUUCAAAGAAACGCUAUGUUUUGUUGAGUUGUCCUUUAAUUUAUGAGCAGGUUUUCAAUAUAAUUGUUUUUGGAAUUUUUUUUUUUUUCUUUCUAUGUUUUUAGAUAAUUAGAUUUGUAACUUUCACCCCUUC